GGGACUACGUCGACCGUGGGAGCUUCAACCUGGAGACAAUUUGUGUGCUGUUUGCCCUCAAGGUGAAGUACCCCACCCAGAUCCACCUCAUCCGAGGUAACCACGAGGAUCCCACCAUCAAUGCCAUUUACGGUUUCCACGAGGAGUGCAGGAGACGAUUACAGGAGGAUCCUGACAACCCCGAUUCGUGUUGGAGCAAGUUUAACAGGUGCUUCGAGUGGCUGCCCUUGGGCGCAGUCAUAGAGGACCGGAUACUGUGCCUUCACGGGGGCAUCGGCGGCGAGCUGCGGAGCAUCGCGGACAUAGACGCCCUGCAGAGGCCGCUGAAGGUGGCGCAGAUGCCGGAGACCGACGUGGAGCAGCGGGUGACCGACAUCCUCUGGAGCGACCCCUCCGACAGCGACUCCAUGCAGGGGGUCACCGCGAACGAGACGCGCGACCCGGACGGCUCUGGCCGCAUCGUGAAGUACGGCCCGGACAGGGUGGAGCAGUUCCUCAACGACAAUAAGCCUCUGUCCAUGAUCAUCCGCGCCCACGAGUGCGUGAUGGACGGGUUCGAGCGCUUCGCGAACGGCAAGCUGAUCACCGUGUUCAGCGCCACCGACUACUGCGGCCACCACAAGAACGCAGGUAGCACGACGGAUGCUUAA